AUGACCAGUCAGUGCUUUUGCUGCGGCACGGUAUGCACGCCUUUUAUCUUUGAUCCUGCUUUCAACGUGUACGAGGUACUCUUACCCAAGACGCUCCCGCCAACUUCAAUGCCUACUGCGGCUCCGACCAUGACGCCGACGAUGCAGCCCACGGCAGCUCCUACGAAGGCGCCGACGAUGCAGCCGACAGCACCUCCGACCAUGACGCCGACGAUACAGCCCACGGCAGCUCCUACGAAGGCGCCGACGAUGCAGCCGACAGCACCUCCGACCAUGACGCCGACGAUGCAGCCCACGGCAGCUCCUACGAAGGCGCCGACGAUGCAGCCGACAGGUCCGACGAUGACACCAACUAUAGCUCCGACCAUGACGCCAACGAUCCAGCCGACAGCAGCCCCCUUUGUGCCAAUCAGCCAGACCCUCGAACCGGGUGAAAAUAGGUUAUUCACGUCCGUUCUGCGCGGGGAUUAUGCGUAUUUUGGGUAA